AAAUGUCAAUACCACCACACCAUAUAUUUUUAGAUUUAAGACAUAGACUGGAGUCAUGUUCCCACUCUCUAGUUUCUAGUCUCUAACAUUGUAUUUUGAGUUACAUUCAAUUCCACUUUCUCACACCAAAACCACAUCAACUUAACAAAAGAAGCAACUUGAAUAUGAUGAUGCAAAAAAUCUCUUUACUAUUACUACUAGUACUAUGGGUCCAUUCGCUCACCACCGUAGCCGACGGCAAUUCCACCGACAUUGACCGAUGGUGCGACAAAACUCCAUAUCCUGAUUCAUGCAAAUGCUACUUCAAGAACCACAACGGAUUUCGACAGCCGACACAACUAUCCGAAUUCCGAGUAAUGCUGGUGGAAGCAGCCAUGGAUCGAGCUAUAUCCGCCCGGGCCGAGUUGACUAAUUCCGGCCGGAACUACACAGAUAGCAAGAAACAAGCGGUUUUGACAGAUUGCAUUGACCUUUACAGAGACACGAUCAUGCAGUUAAACCGGACGCUGCAGGGCGUGUCUCCAAAAGCCGGUGCUGGGAAACGUUGCACUGACUUCGACGCGCAGACAUGGCUGAGCACCGCGCUUACAAACACCGAGACCUGCCGACUUGGCUCAUCCGAUUUCAACGUCUCAGAUUUCAUCACACCCAUCGUUUCAAACACCAAAAUCUCCCACCUCAUCAGCAACUGCUUAGCUGUCAACGAGGCCCUCUUGACCGCCGGAAACAACGGCAACACCACUGCUAAUCAGAAGGGUUUUCCGACGUGGGUUUCCGGUAAAGAUAGGAGACUUCUGCGUACCGUCCGAGCCAACCUCGUGGUGGCCAAAGACGGAUCAGGACAUUUCAACACGGUACAAGAGGCUAUUGACGUGGCUGGCCGGAGAAAGGUGACGUCAGGGAGGUUCGUUAUAUACGUGAAAAGAGGGAUAUAUCAAGAAAACAUAAACGUACGUCUAAAUAAUGAUGACAUAAUGUUGGUCGGAGAUGGAAUGAGAUCCACCAUUAUCACCGGCGGUCGAAGUGUCAAAGGAGGUUACACCACUUACAAUUCCGCUACUGCCGGUAUUGAGGGACUUCACUUCAUAGCCAAAGGCAUAACGUUUCGGAACACAGCGGGUCCAGCCAAGGGCCAGGCCGUGGCACUUCGGUCAUCGUCUGACCUCUCAAUCUUCUACAAAUGCUCAAUUGAAGGAUACCAAGACACACUGAUGGUCCAUUCUCAACGCCAGUUUUACCGCGAGUGUUACAUCUAUGGAACCGUCGAUUUCAUCUUUGGUAACGCGGCAGCUGUAUUCCAAAACUGUCUCAUCCUCCCUCGCCGGCCACUCAAAGGUCAAGCCAAUGUAAUUACCGCACAAGGUCGUGCUGAUCCGUUUCAGAACACAGGGAUCUCUAUCCAUAACUCAAGAAUUCUACCGGCUCCUGAUCUAAAACCAGUGGUAAGUACCGUUAAGACGUACAUGGGCCGGCCUUGGAUGAAGUUCUCACGAACCGUGGUUCUUCAGACGUAUUUGGAUAAUGUUGUGAGUCCGGUCGGGUGGUCUCCGUGGAUUGAAGGUUCGGUGUUUGGUCUGGACACUCUGUUCUAUGCUGAAUAUAAGAAUACCGGACCAGCUUCAUCCACGAGGCAGCGUGUCCAUUGGAAAGGGUUUCAUGUGUUGGGUAGAGCUUCCGAUGCAUCUGCUUUCACUGUUGGAAAAUUUAUCGCCGGUACCGCAUGGCUCCCAAGCACCGGCAUACCUUUCACUUCCGGACUCUAAAGACUGUCUUUGGUUUUCCGUGUUUAAGUUACAAUGAUAUAAAUUUUACACUUUUGA